AUGACAAACGGCCACAGAUUUGAUGAAUGUGCGUUAGAGCACAAAAGGAAGAAAAGAGGCGUUAUCGGAUCGUGUGCCGUCGGCGACAGAUGGCUCUGGACGGAAGUUCGUCGUCGGUCGGGAAAUUGGGCCUCUUGGACAAACUAUUCAUUUACAUAAUAAAUGUAUUCCUAUAUAGUCGACCAUACCAGAAAACCAAGCCGAGAAAUUAGAAAGUUAUUUUUUUUUUUAAAGUUUCAAAGCAGAGAUUUUUGGCCUUUUCGAUUUAUUUUUUUUACAAAAUUUUUUCCACAUUGUUUUUGUUAUUCAUAAUGAAAAGCAACACGGGAAUCAAAACAUUCGCUUGCUUGUAUUGUAGUUUGUUUGUGAGGAAGCUGAGGUAUGACACUUGGAAAAAAUUCGGAAGAAAAAAUGAAAAAGAAAAAACAUUUAGAGGCUUCCAAUUACUUUUCCUAGCACCUCCUUCUCAUACUAAUUCCCAAAGAAAAAUUACGUUGAAAAAUAUGGAUAGCCAAGCUAAACUAAUUUGUCUUUUGAAACGAGGCAGACAAAAAGAAGCUAAAAGCCGAAAUGCGUUUCUAUAACACAACUAUAAAAAAGGCAUUUUCAAAGAAGAAAGAUUGAUUUGACAGAAGAGAAUUUUUGAACAGCGGACAGAACACGCAUCCCUGCAUUAAGGAACAUCAACGAACGAAUCAAAAAAGACCAAAAAAGUUGUGAAGAACAGAGAAAAAAAAACAACAAACUAGAAGAAGAGAGUGGUGCGACAAGACGAAAUCAAAACGUGCUCGACCCUCGGGAGGCGACACGAGUAGCCGAAAAAGAGCGAAAGAAGCUGGCGCGACGUCUUCUCGGUCCUCCGAAACCGCAAUUCAUGGCGGCCAAAUCAAACAUUAGCAAGCAGGCCGUCUCUCGCAUUAAUCAGAACCCUCUGAGGUGCUGUCGAUUCAAUUACCUUGCUACUUUCGGCUCUUUUCCGUCAACUGAGUUAUCCCAUUACGCAGGUCCUCCCAAAUUCUCCUCACUUGUUCAACUCAAACAAUUCACAGCCAUUUCAAUAGAACUCUGCAUGAAAGCUACUUUUCAGAGUAAAAAUUGAGUCUUAUCAAACGGAGGCUCCCAUUUAUCCCUUAAAACGUUGCCGCAACUGCUAUUUCAAACAGUAUGGAAAUUUUAGUAAAUUUAGCAGCAGAAAUUAAGUUUGGGAAUUUUGAGAUUGCAAAGUUGGUAAAAAAAAAAUGUGAGAUUCUCUAAAACAGUAAUCAUUGAGAUAAUACAGACCCAAAAUGGAUUCAAAAAAAUUUCAGUCGCAUAAUUUUUAAAACUUGACAAUAACACUAAAUUACAAAACUAAUUUUAUUUUUACGUAACAUGCUCUUGUAUGAAAAAGUUUCAUUCGUGCAAAAGAGAAAAUAAAAUUGAAUAAAGCGAAAUUUUGCCCCAAAGAUAGCUUCAAAAUUUUUAAACUUCACUCGCAACAAUCAAAAACUUGAGAACGAGGUUGACAAAGAGAAGUGGCAAUAAUAAUGGAGACGGCUAGUUGAAGGUCAGAAAGCAGGAAUUGAAGGGAUUUCAGAAGAAAACAGGGAAGGAAGUGUAUUGGAAAGGGCAUUCACAAAUUUCGAUCCUACGUCCAGAUAUGUUGGAACGCUGCCACCAAAGACUCCGCCCACCCAUCGGUCAUUUCUGCCAUCCGAAGCUCUUGUUCGUCUCUAAUAAUCAGUUAGUAGUUUUGAACGUCCGUCGUCCAAAGGAACAGAUAUUGCGAAAGAAGUUUCAAAAUAAAACAGAUGAAUCACGCAUUGCUUUCAACCAGGAUUAAGUCCAACAUCUAUUUAUUUUCCCACAAACUUAAGGAAUGCAGACUUCUCAAACGUCUAAAAUAUCAAGUAAACUUUAGUCCUUUUAUAAACAAAAACCGCAAAGAAUCCAUUGACAAAUUUGAAAUUUAGCCAAUUAAAAUUUUUCGAACUUUUCUAUAGAAAAAAACUUUUUUCAAUGUUUGCAAAAAAUUGGUUAGGGGAAAAAACAAUGACGAAAUGAACGGGUGAUAAAUUAUGUUGGAUAUAAAUCGUGAAUGACAGACCACACGCGAAAAUUUCAAUGAAAUUCCGUAUUUCGAUCAUUUUGAAAGUAAUUUCAAAUUUUAAACCUUUGAAAGUUUUUCAAUUCGGUUACAUGAACCGUCAGAGAUACUGCUUUUUCGAGCAGGAAAACAUGAAAAACAAAAUUAAAAACACACAAAGAAAACUAGAAGUAUGUAGAAGAGAAAAAUAUGUGUAGAGAGAAAUAUGCAUUUGAAUUGGGGGAGCAAGGAAAAAAACCGAAGGAUAAAUGGAGAAAUAAAGGGGGCGCGAAAUGAGGCAGGUUGUGGCCAUCAAGACGCACAGAGAAAGGACGAAUAAAAAACGGCUCGGCGUGGACGCGCCAGUUCAAAUCUGCGCAAAUGGCGCAUGGUUAUGUGACAGGUCGCAAGCCUUUUUCGGUUCCUUUCCGGUACACCAAAUGGCCGUGUCCAAUGGAUCUGGUAACAAGAAGGCUUAGCGAAUUGAUAGGUCCGAAAAACCAGAGAAAAUGUUCUUCAUGGCUUUCGAGGAGAUCUCGUGGAAGUGCAAGAUUUCUGUAGCAAAGUUUCGACCAAUUUUCAUAGAAAGCUGAGAUGAUACGGAGCCGAAAGCGAGGGUGUUGUGCAAUUAUGCAAUCAAGUGGUGUCGAAGGACGUAAAAAAGACCUAAAAUGCGCGAAAAUUGCCCACCAACGUGGCGAUUAAUCCAAAAAUUAGGGCCGUGCGAGUGUUGCGAUCUGGCUGGAUCGGAAUCAGAAAAUUUAGGCUCCGAGUAAAAUUUGCAUAUUCUUUUUUUUUCAAAGCCUCUGAGAACUUUACAAAUUCUUCAAAAAUUAGAAAACUUAUAAUGUGGAGAUAUGGGAAUUAAUUUAUAAAAAAGAUCACCAGAUAGGGGAGGUCGUUCUAUGAGAUUGUGUGUAGUUUUUGAAGACCAUUUCAAAAUGCUAUUUGAUGAACCUGAAACACGGGAAGUCUGACCGUGCACAUUUUUCAAGUUCACGAAUAGCGAAACCUCGGAAAAUUUUGAUGGAAAUUCUACUAGGAAGUUUAAGUUCAGGGAAUCUGUUUAUGAAAAAAUGGAAAAUUGUGCAGGUGAAAGUUUUCUAGAUCUUUAUCUAAAUCUCAAAAAAAAAAAUCGAACUUGCAGAGAAUUCUUGACCUAUUCAUCCUCUCAUCAAUGUUUUGGGAGUCUAUAAAGUACGUUUCAAAAAGGAAAUGAGAAAAAUCAGUUAGAAGAGAUUCUUUUACACGUUUGAAAAACGAAUAUCGAAAAAACGGAGUCCUUCUGUUGGAAGAUUCGAUUAUUUUGGAGUUCAUUCGAGCGGAAAAAACAACAAAUGUUCAAAAAAGGUUCUGACAAAAAAGGACUUGUCAGGAGGAGUAAGAGGAGAGUAGAGAUAUGAGAGACGAGAGACUGCAGACGGCGAGAACUGCCGCCGUACAGAAGUGGAAGCACUGCAGGUGGUGUGGGAGCUGAGCACACACGGCGCCGCCUACACGUCCGGCCCUUGAAGCUCACAGAAAUUCAUGUGUUAGUGUUUAGGCGACGCGGUUUUGGUCAGUCAAUCGUUAAUUGUUUGUCUUUCUCUUGGAGACAUCCGAUACUUGUGCCCGACGAGCGGCGGUUUGAAAUAAUGGACAACAUCUGA